AUGUAUAUUAAAACAGCACAACCUCAGCUGACAAAGAACCCGACAGAGAACCCGACAGAGAACCUGACAGAGAACCCGACAGAGAACCUGACAGAGAACCUGACAGAGAACCCGACAGAGAACCUAACAGAGAACCUGACAGAGAACCUGACAGAGAACCUGACAGAGAACCCGACAGAGAACCUGACAGAGAACCCGACAGAGAAUCUGACAGAGAACCCGACAGAGAACCCGAUAGAGAACCUGACAGAGAACCCGACAGAGAACCCGACAGAGAACCUGACAGAGAACCCGACAAAGAACCCGACAGAGAACCUGACAGAGAACCCGACAGAGAACCCGACAGAGAACCCGACAGAGAACCCGACAGAGAACCCGACAGAGAACCCGACAGAGAACCCGACAGAGAACCCGACAGAGAACCCGACAGAGAACCCGACAGAGAACCUGACAGAGAACCCGACAGAGAACCCGACAAAGAACCCGACAGAGAACCCGACAGAGAACCUGACAGAGAACCCGACAGAGAACCUGACAGAGAACCCGACACAGAACCCGACAGAGAACCUGACAGAGAACCCGACAGAGAACCCGACAGAGAACCCGACAGAGAACCCGACAGAGAACCCGACAGAGAACCCGACAGAGAACCCGACAGAGAACCCGACAGAGAACCCGACAGAGAACCUGACAGAGAACCCGACAGAGAACCCGACAGAGAACCCGACAGAGAACCCGACAGAGAACUUGACAGAGAACCUGACAGAGAACCUACAGCUUUCAUAA